AGCUAUUAUCCUUCACUGGGGCAAAUCUCUGCGCCUCGAGACCACUCAUUUCAUGUAGAAGGCGAUACUCUUUCAUCUAUAUAUACACAAGAGAUCAGGUUCAUAACCAACAACUCAAGUCUCUCUCCUUGCCAAGCAUCAAAGUCUUCUCUGUUUCCCAAGUCCUCUGAAUUCUUUCUUGUUCAAAUUUUCCACUUGAGAAUAUAAAAACCAUGGGAUUCCGAUUGCCAGGAAUUGUUAACUCCAAGAAGGGUCUAAACAAGGCUGCUACUUCAAACACCGUAGACAUCCCAAAAGGCUACUUUGCAGUGUAUGUUGGGGGGAGCCAGAAGAAGCGAUUUGUGGUUCCAAUAUCAUACUUGAAUGAGCCUUUGUUCUUGGAUUUGCUAAGUCAAGCAGAAGAAGAAUUUGGAUAUGAUCAUCCAAUGGGUGGUAUCACAAUCCCCUGCAGUGAUGAAACCUUCAUUCAUCUCACUUCCAGCUUAAGUGUAUGAAUGAACGCAAAUGAAGUGAAUCUGGUUCAUAUCCAAAUCAGCACUCAGUUCGAUCAGAAGAACUCGCCGUGUCAAGAUGAAGUAGAGGCUGUGAUUGAUCAUAUGCACAUUUUUCUGUUGCUUAUGAAUCUGGGAAGCCUUCUUUGAUGGUCAAAGUGCUUGUGAGCUGAGCACGAAGAUACAAAAUUUGUGAAGCAGUCGAAUGACGAUAUCAUGAACUCUCGAUUCGAAGACUAUUGAGCCCAAAAUCAUAACUCCAAUUUUGAACUGGAUGACAAGAAGAUUUGUCUUUUAAGCCAUGUACAAUUCUAAAUGUUUUAUUCUCCAGGAAACAUGAGAAAAUGUAAUGAUAUAUUUUGAUUCCUCAUCCACUUUAUUGUCUCAUUUUUCAGUAAGUUAUUAUCUAAUUGUAGCUUGUUGCUUCAUACAAAAAUAGAAUCUGGAAGUAGACCAAAUUUGAACAUCUCACAAAGUUGAAGAUGGCCAAAUAUUCUGAUUUUCUGCCCAAUAUAAUGUUAAAGACGGCUUAUAUCA